AUGAAGCUCGUUUGGUCACCAGAAUCUGCCUUAAAAUCUUACUUAGACACCGUUAAAUCGUGUGAGAAGUUUAAGGAUUCGGGAGUGGCGGAGUUUCUCUCGGCCAUGGCGGCGGGUUGGGACGCGAAGUUUAUCGUUGAAACAUGGUCCUACGGUGGACCUAUAGCUGCAAGUGUUGGUCUGGCGGUUGCUGCUCGCAACACAGGUGCAAGGCACGUGUGCAUAGUCUCGGACGAACGGUCAAGAUUGCAUUACACAAAGGCUUUGGCGGAUACCGGGUUGUCGCCGCCGCCCGAGGUGGUUACCGGGGAGCCGGAGGCGGCUGUGGCGAGGCUUGUUGGGUUGGAUUUUCUUGUGGUUGAUUGCAAGCAUAGAAACUUUGCUAGGGUUCUAAGGGUGACAAAGGUGAGCACAAGAGGGGCAGUUUUGGCAUGCAAGAAUGCAUGUCAAAGAAACUUUUCAGGGUUUAGAUGGAAUUGGGUGCUUGAGAGAGGGACACGUGUCGUUAGAUCAGUGUUCUUACCUGUUGGUAAGGGUUUGGAUAUGGCUUACAUAGGGAGUAGAAGUAGUGGUGCAGCAAUUGCUACAAAGGGCCCUAGCCGCCGUUGGAUCAAGCACAUAGAUCAUCAAUCAGGAGAAGAACACCUUUUCCGUGAGUGA